ACGCUUUGGAGAAAACCCACUCCAGUCCCUCAUAUAUUCCCUACUUACUUUCUCUCUGCCGUAUCAUCUGUCUCUGCAGCUGCAUCCUCUCUAUCGACUGCAAUCGACUGCUAUCCACUCAUCUUUCUUGAACCUUAGCUUCCACCUCGUUUGCCCUGUGUUCUGACCAUCUUUGAAUCUGCCCCUCUCAUUUCAAAAGGCAAGUCCCCCCUCCUCUAUAUUCCUGGAGAGGCUCUCUUCUCUGCAUAUAGAUGAAUGAUGCCAUGCGUGUUCCUGUCGCAUGCGUGGUGUCUUGAAAAAAGAUACCUCUUCUAUUGGUGCCCAUGACUGACAGGUUCCUGCACUUCUAUACAGAUUACCUCGAAUACCUAUCCUCCAGAGCACUUUGUUGGGCGAUAUACAAUUGCGUGGACACGGGCUGGGAAUUAUUAGCUCAUCUACUGCCAAUAUGUCGGCCGCUGUGGGUACGGAAUAUCCCUAUCUAUCCCUUUCCCGCUCCUCUUGUAGGAUCCCUCUACCCUUGAUCCCGUUCCUCCCCGGACAUGCCUGUUGCAACAUUCUACACAUCAAUACAGAAGAAGUACUGGACUUAAAUAAGCAUUUUGUGGGCAGCAGCAGAUUCUAGCUAUAGUUUGGUCCACGGGAGGCCCAUCAGACCUCUUCCGAAACGCCGACUUCGUUCCCGAUUGUCCGCCGAUGCCAAUGCCGCUUUGUUUGGCCCCCCUCAACAACCCACCACCCCACUAUUCUACUUUCCCUAUAACAAUUACGCUGGUGAUCAAGCAAUUGGUGGGGCUAGUGCUUCUGCUGGGCUUGGUUUGGGGCAAAACGGUGCAGGGGAUAACCUUCAAGAUUCUUCGGAUGAGGAAGAUAACUCCAAUGCAUCUGUGUCGCGUGGGGUCGGUAGCGGGGCUUCGGGAGCCUCGGAGAACAUGCCAGGUCAGCCGGAUUCAUAUGAAUGGUCGGAAAACACCAACAACAAGAAGAAAAGGAAGAUUCCAACUCCGGCAAAUCCUGGAGGCAGUAGUGGGGGUAGCGGGGGAGGUAAUGGCGGUUCUCAUUCAUCACCGGGGUUCUCACCUACAUCUACACCUACCACCCGAAGCCGCUGGAAAUCUAGUGGAUCAUCUCAACGUUCUCCAUUGUCUGCCAUAUCCACUGGAAGUCAGGGCUCUUUGAGAAGGGUCGGUCGAUGUUAUCCGUCUUCUCCUUCGGUAGAGACGUUUACCAAGAGGCUUCCAGAUGGGCGACCCUCCAGUGGUGAUCCCGUCACACCCUCGAAAGGUAGUCGUCGUAGUGCUAGUGUAGUGGCGGGUGUGGGGCCGCCAAAACAAACUCAAUUUACUUUUAUCUGCGAGUCACCAGUGUCCGCAAGCCUAGCGUUUUCCUCGGCUGGUAAUAGAUCCACGAACGCAAUUCCACCAGGCGAUAGUUCUGGACACCCAAAGUCGAUGAAUACUGUCGGUACUCAGACUUCCCCAAGCAUAUCGAAUACGAAUGCGAGUUAUCCUCCAGCCCCACAGCAGCCCAAAAAAAAGUCCGGACAAGUUAGGUCUGCUGCUACUUCAAGACGAGAUUAUGCCUUACUGAGACGCCGCCGUCAGGAAGCUUUGGGCGGAGGGAAUAGUAAUGGUGAAGUUUGGAUUUGCGAAUUUUGCGAAUAUGAGUCUAUAUUCGGCGAAGCUCCAGAGGCCCUUAUGCGGCAGUAUGAAAUCAAGGACCGUAAGGAACGACGGAAGCUGGCUGAGAAAAGGCGCUUGCUGGAGAGAGCGAAGCAAAAGGGAAAGAAAAAUUCUGGCAAAAAUGGAUCUAGCAAGAAAGGUGGUUAUAAUAAUGGUGUGCAUCACGGUAUCAAUUCCGGGACUGCACCCCCGCCACCCCCUCCCAGCACUACCGAUUCUCAAGGCACCCAAAGCGACAAUACCCCGGUUGCUAGUACAACCAAUACGCCAGCUUUGAAGCCUCAGAGACACAGUCAACAGGUACAGACUGAGGCUUACCUGGAAGACACCAGUAGUCAUGUCAGUGGAGGAAGAGGAGCAAAUGGUGCUGGUGGUGGAGGAGGUGCAGGGGCAAAAAGCGGUGGUGGGGGAGUUGGCCUCGGCCCCUCAUAG